AUGACAACUUGCUCUGAUGAUGCUCGUUGUAUGAUGCACUUUUUCACCGGAAUCGAAGAAGACUACCUCGCAAAUCGCAUCAGCAUGGAUCUUCCAGUUGAGCCAAUCGACAGCUGGUUAAGAGGAAUCUGCCGUCGUCUUUUCGUGGAACCGACGAUAGAAUCUCUUCACCAAACACUUUCUCUCGAAAUGAAAGUAAGCUCAACAAUUAUUAAAAUGGAAACCUAUUAUACCUUGAUGGCCCUGGUCCGACGACAGUUUAUGCUUUCAUUAUUCACCGUUGUAAUUGGUACAGACUUGCAGUUGCAUACAUGUACAUACGCGCACAUAAAUACAAGAUUUAUAGCAAAUAUAAUAAACCAAAUCAUUUUUUAUCAUUUUGGCCACACCAUCCUCAUCUUCAUAUCUUCGAAAAAAACUAAUAAGUUAGAUGAGAUGUAUUCACCGUAUUUUGUCUAA